CGGCCGGCCGUUCGCCCGUGGCUCUUUGCAGUCCUCGUAUGGAGCAGAGGAGCUUCAGAUGACCAUGCAAAGACGCGACACAGUCUCUGACGCCAGCUUGAUGUCAUCAGAAGCUGCGCCGAGCUCAGACUGGCUAGAAAGUCAAGCACGAUCCGAAGAGCUCCUCGACAGUCUGCGAAGACAAGCAGACGAAGUGGUGCAGUCUUAUCCACUCCUGACCUGUCAAGAUACCAUUGCGAGCUCAGUCUACGACCAGUUCCCUCAAAUCAGGACGGAAUGGAACUCGAUCCUCUCAGAGUGGCAGCAGGCCUUGAGCGAGCCUCAAGAAGCCGCUUCAGAUUGGCGAGCGACGGUCGCGUCUCAUGCGCAGUCAUUAGCGAGUCUGCGUUUGCCGGCGUCCCCACAAGCGACCGCCUCGUCUUCGCACCGUGCCGAGCAGUCCGCUAUGGUCGAGCUAGCGCAGCAAGCAAUACAAACGACAGCAUCCGACAGUCGACGCUAUCCGAAACUAACGUUCAAAAGAGCGCCUUUCGAAUGUCCAGAAGUCACUCAGGAACAAGCUUCGUGGCCAGCUCAGCUCGCAGCCAGAGUGUUCCGCUCCGAGCCCAUUGAGAGCAGCUCGCCCAUUCGUGCUACGUCUUCCACUGCUGCUCAGACAUUGACAAGAGCCGCCCAAGCACUCGACAUGGCAGCCUUCCCCUUUCCUUCGCCGCUAGACGAGCCCCAGCUGCAUACAGACUGCAUCCAAGAGCUUCAAGCCGAGGCUGACACAUUCGAUCGUGUGCAAUAUGACGACAGUAUAUCCCGUUUUCGUGACCAAGUACUUCGUCGUUAUCCGCAAAAGCAUGAAGAGCAAACGAUGUCAGUGCGAACACGAACGUCUUCCGCGAUGACGACCGCGCUAGAGUCUUCAUCACCACUCAAGCGAGUCCGAGAUACCUCACAGACGCCACCGUCGAGUGAGCUGCCCAUCUCGGCCGACAUGACGCCGAAACCAAGUCUUCCGCAAGCAACGAAGACGACAUCGCUUUUCAAAAAGCUCAGGCUCGGGCCAAGACCGGACGGAGCAACAACUUCCCCCGAGCAGUCUGCGCCAGAGGACGUCUUUGGCCGCAUAUUGCCCACUUCGCCGGAGAAUGCUGCCAAGCCUUCGGAAAGCCGCUCCGCCGGUCCAGACUCACGGGACAGCGUGGACGCAUCCAAGUCGUCAGAAGUCGUCAUACGAGACAAUGCGCCAUUCAGGCUUCCUCGGAAGCGCCAGGCGCGCGCUUCGAUACAAGACCUGGGUGCUCAGGCGCUGUCGGUCUGGGAAGAUACGAUCGACGCAGUUUUGCAAUCCUAUGAGACCUUCGAAUGCCUACCUUCCAGUUCCAGCGCACCUUCUUCCCCUGUCAAGUCGAGCAGCGCCGAUCUCGUAGAGCGGAUUCCGGCCAGUCUUGCAUUAGAAGAUAUCGAUAUGCCCUAUUGGCUUUCUUUGAGCGCAAUGUCGGACCUCUCCCGAAAGCUUUCUGUCCUUGUGCGCUAUUCGGUCGCCGAGAAAUUGGAUGAAGCGGCUAUCACCAGGCUCUGCGCGCUGCUUGGUCAAUGUGUCACUGCCUGCCGUGGGCUUGAUCCUCUCGCCCACCUCACGGCUCGCGAGAAUAGUGCGGAAUGCGAGGGGAGCGCCAGGAAGCGAUCGCGGCGAUCUGCUACGCCCAAAAAGGUGAAGAUGUCAAAGUCCACCACGCCCAACCAAUCAAAGGCCAAAGCUGCCACCGAUGCUCCAACCUCGAGGCUUCUGCAGGAUCUCAAAGAGGUGCAAAGGGCAGCCGUAGCGAUCGACCUAAUCCUGUCAAUACUGACGAGCGCAAAUUUCGCGGCACAAGUGUACAGUGAGGAUCUACUAUCGGCUUGUAUCAGCACGCUGGCCGAUGUCAUCAUGAGGACACUGUCAGAGCUACUAGACUACAGCAUGGAAGACGAGGAUGCCGUCGCAGUCGACGCACUAGCCGUACAGAUGCUCAAUGCUGCGCGAUCUUCACUCGACGGGCUGACAAGAUUACUAAAGACGAAGCAGCUUAGCGAGACAUGCGUGCUACCGCUACAGUACGCGUGCACAGCCUUGCUUUUCGCCCAGCUCGAUGCUCACGCUUCAGAAUUGCCUUUGUACGGCGCGACGGCGCGAUCUCUGCAGAUACCGUGCCUAUUAGUGCUUCAGACAAUCUACAAUCGCCACGAAGGUAUGCGUGCAGCACUCAUCGAAGAAGCCUUUGCUUGUUUGCGGGGUUCAAGACAUGCCAAAUCAAGCGCGAGAUCGCUCAAUUUCUCGAAUGGACGCAACGUCUAUUCAGCCUCGGCUUUAUUUCUCUCAGUGGUGCAAAGCGCAGCUGUUCCAUUGCGCGACUCGCUCAUCCAUGCUGAUCUCACAUACCGACAGAAGCUUUCAGCUGGUGAUCGGACGGCUGAGACACUAUCGACUCCCAUCUGGGAUCUCGCUGAGCUGGAAUGCAAGCAUGCUCUUGCUCUAAGUACGGCCCACACCAUAUCAGCCCAGUUCAUCAAUGCUAUGAGGACCCCAAAGUCCCCCAAGACGACGCAAGACCCAUCCAGCAAGGUCCACUUCGAACGUCUGCUGUCAGAUCUACUUGAUCUUGUCGAUCUGCCAGACCUUGCCGCGCCGCACUUUCUGAUUCAGGCCAUUGUCGUUCAGCUUAACAAUUGUCUGAAUGAAGCGGACGGACAGGACAAUGCCAGUCUUAAGGCUGUUGCUGUCGAGAGUCUCGGCAAUAUAGCUGCCCGGUAUUGCGCACUGACAAAGACAAGUGCAAUGACACUAGACGAGAUUCUUGCAAGAGAUGACGUUGACGCUCUGCAAGCUUAUAUGGAAACUCUACGCCACUCGAUCAGGUCUCAAGUAGAUCCAGCACAGUCCGACAGGCUUGGGCUAUCUGCCCUCGACUUUCGUCUGCUGAUCUGGCUGCAGCAAGCUGCCGCAGCUGCCUGUAUAUCGCCAGAGCCUGCCCGCGUAGCACAGACUCAACGCGUGGCGAUCAGACAAACACUCGCCGAAUACCUUUAUGCACCUGCGCUACAGCUUGGUCUUGACGCCGCAGCACUGGCAGACAGUAGCGAAAGUGACACAGACGCUACGGCAGCUUGUCUGCUGCCUCUGACGGAGAUGAAGGCGAUUUUUGACCUCGCUAUGGUGCAUCUUCUGUCGCUCGCAGCCCAUCCGGUCAUCGCACUACGGACCAAAGCGCUACGUGGGAUCGCCAAAGUUAUGACAGAAGACCCGGCAUUGUUCUCGUCUGAUGCCAUACAACAGCACGUAGUGCAACGCCUGCUAGACUCAUCCUCAGCGGUCAGAGAAGCAAUGCUUGAGCUGGUCAGCAAACAUCUGUUGCAGGAUCUGUCGGUCGCUCAUCGUUACCUGCCGUAUUUGCUCGAGCGUCUGAAUGACACAGGCUUGAGCGUUCGCAAGCGAGCCGCCAGGACCCUGAAAGAUCUCUAUCCGCUUAUCGAUGAUCAAGAAGCGCAGCUUCAGAUCUGUGCACGCCUAGUCAAUGCCAACACAUUACGCGACAGCGGGAUUCAAGACAUGCUGUUGGCAUGUUUGGAAGAUGCGCUACUGCCUACUGCCGACUUGCCAGCUCUGAGCUCGCUCAGACGCGCUGAGACCUUCCGUCGCCUUUGUGCCGUCUUCGAAGCCUGUGAGAAGUCAUUGGUCCUGACAAUGCGCGAUUUACAGCGUCAGCUCGAGGACAGACUCGCUGGCAGCGCUACCAGCUGCUUCGUGCGACUUGCAGAGACGAUGCUCGAAGAGCUAGGAAGGAAUGAAAGCGCCAUCUUCGCAGUCGAGGCAACGCGCGCUGUGCUAUGCCUUGUCGAAGCCGAGCCGGCAACGCUUACCCUGCGAAUGGCAAGCUCACUACUGCCCCUGCUGCGUAAUACAAGUAGCAUGGAGGAACAGGUAGCCGCAGACUAUGUAUUGCGGAUAUAUCGCAGAUCAAUACCGAAGAUGCCCAAAGCACUAACUCGCUUCUCUGGAGAGCUUCAAGACGCACUGUUACCUAUGAUCAAUAAACCCUCGGUCGUCAAAAGCCCUUCGACAUUGCAAGAUCUCGUUGCUUGCUUGUGCGCCAUCAUGAUCGGUCAGACGGGCGACGUGGAGAAGCUAUGCGCUAUCUUCAGUGCGUGCAAAGGGCGACUCGAAACGAUCGUUUGUACGCUUCGAGACGGUUCGGUCAAGCCCUCUGUACAUUUGAAAGCAGUACCUCUUCUCGUAAACCUCGUCAGCCUGCUAUGCGCACAUUCUCGCUUUGAUCAAUUGCGAAAGAGCUCCGACUCGUAUGCAGCGGUAAUUGACGAGAUCUCAACAGAUAGUAUCACAGAGGAGACCUACAGCACUGUCUGCGAGCUCUAUACCCUGACGUGCCGGUACAGCAUCGGUGUCACUGCUUUGCAAGCUCUGGGCACCUUGUUUCAGGCGUUUCCGAUUAUGUUGCUGCGCCCUACUUCAUUCGCCAUCUUCGACAGCGUCAUGAAGAAAGAUGAACCCAGCGAGCCACAGACUCGCGCUCUGCGCAUCAUGCUCGAUGUGUUGAACGAUCAAGCUGACGCGAAUGCUCAAUUGUCAGACGACAUGCUCGAUUCGGUAGAUCUCGAUAAGCUUACCGGCGCGAAGAACAAUUUUGCAGAGUCGAGCAUUGCUUCUGCACUCGUUCAACGUUAUUUGCCUGUCAUUCUGGAGGCUUGCGUAGCGCUCGAUGUACAUCUGCAGGCUGCAGCGGUCGAUAUGGUGGGUUAUACGGUUCAGCAAGGACUUUGCCAUCCCAUGCAAUGUCUGGCGACGCUCAUUGCCCUCGAGAGCUGCGACGACGACGAGCUCGCGCACAAGGCGAUGUCAAUGCACCGGUCCUUGCACGUCAGUCAUUCAAACGUAAUCAGCACUCGCUUCUUCGACACAGCUCGAGAAGUCUUUGCGGCAGUAUCCCGCUUACCGAGCGGCGUCAGACUUUUGCGGGAAGGAAGCACGCUCCGCGCUUCACCGUUCGAUCGAUGGUACGAACUGCUCGUCGAGAAGCGACAGUGGAAGCUUGAUUUCGUUCGCUCAUUGAUCCGAUGCUUCGACCUCAGUCUGCUAUCCGGCGAGCCCACCGCACAUCAUCUGGCCUUGUCGUGCUUCAUCAGCGAUUGUCUGGCCUCGCUGUCAUUCACGACUCAGGAAGAACCUCUGACGAUCAUGCACUAUCUCGACGAGCUCAUUUCGACGCGCGGCAUGGAGUAUUAUCAUGCACUGGACGAUAUGGAGCACGACGAUACGGAGACACAACAGUCUAACGAGACCAGAUCGAUGCUCAUGCAGUCGCUUGCGAUCGUGCAAGCGCUUGCGCUUCGCAAACAUCUCGAGCUCUGCUAUACUUUGUCUGACGCAAAGCGAAGCCGAUUCCUGCCCGGCAAGAAGUCAGCUAUUGGCGACAAAGCUGCCGUGCUCGCCACCGCCACUAUCGCAAGCAAGAGUAGCGCCGAGUUCCAGGUCACGCUACGCAACGUUGCUUGGCAGUCCGGCCUUGAGUGUGCUGGUCAGCGUACAUUUGUAAGCUACAUGCUCCACGCAUCAAUAAAGGCUGACAAGAAUGCGCAGUAUCUGUCAAUUUUCUCGCGUGAGAUUGACGUUGCCGAGGGUAUCGCGGCAGAGGAUUCUGACUGACGCAUCUAGAAACGUGUGGAUCGUGAAUGUUGUUGCGCUAAUUCAU